AUGAGCAGCCGCAAGGGGGGCCGCCGGAGGCCCGCCACCUCUUCCGGCGGGGACUCGGGGGGCGAGUUCGGAGCGACCGCCCCCUCCUCCCCGACCUCGGCUCAGCCCCGUCGCCGUCCCCCUUAUUCCCCAAGGUCCUCGUCCUCUUCCGCUUCUUCUUCUUCUUCUCCCGCCCUCUUUGAGCUUGCGGGGGAGGAGUACCAGUUCUACUUGGAGGAUGGCGGCGGCGGCGGCGGCAGGGAAAACCCGAGGAGCUUCUCCCACAGCGUGAAGCUUCAGUGUUGGGACAAGGCCGAGAAGGUGAGAGGGAGGGACCCCGACCGGUGGCGCCGCGACUACCUGGGAAACGUCCUCUUCCGGAAGCUCGUCGGAUGCCCUGGCUGCUACUGCCACGACUACGACCACAUCGUUCCCUACUCCAAGGCGAGUCUCCUUGCAGAGUUCGGAUCUUCCUACCCUUCUGAGGUUCCAUUUCGUCACAGGGAAAUUUAUGGGUUCUAA